CCGUCCACCAACGAUACCGGUAGUCCGGACCUUGCGGCUGAGUUGGGGUCGUUCUGGAAUCACUCUCGAGCUACACCCAGCUCUUUGGUCGGGGGACCGGACUGCCCCGGCUGGAAUAGGAGACGUCCGUAAAUCUACUUUGCUCCUGUACUGACGAUCAAAUAGCUGCAUCACGUGUCGGAAGAGGAGAGUUAAAUGCGACGAGACCCGUCCGUGUUGCAAACGCUGUCUCAAGUAUGGAGCCGAGUGCUUGGGGUAUCCAGCUGGUCGACAGCGAGCUCCCUCAGCAGCGUAUGGAUCUUUCGCUGCUCAGGCUAGAGCCUUGGUACCGAAGGAUGAAUGUAAAAGUCCUCCUGUUUCUCAAAUCUUGAUCCAACCGGGUCCUGCCCUUUUCGAGACUGGUCAGGAAUAUCGCUACUUCAAACUUUUCGUGGAUCGCAUCGCGGGCGAGAUAUGUCCAUACUUCAAUUCGGAGGACUGGACUCGGAUGAUCUUACAAGCCUGUACGGCUGAAUCGUCUAUCAGACAUGUAGCUGGUGCUAUCGGUGCACUGGCAAAAUGGUACGAAUACCAACAUGCUGGUCAGUCUAUCGCUGGGCAGAAGAUGCUGGAUUCCGACCAUCCACCUCAUCCAGGCUCAUCGACGAGCACUAAAAGUUCGAAGAAGAGAAGUGCAAGUGAUUUAGUGGCUGAGCAAAUACUACAGGAAUCAUUGGUGCACCAACAGCAGGCUUUUGUGCUCUAUGACAAAGCCCUGAAGAAAAUGCGAGGAGACAUCGCUACCGGGAAGCAGAGUAAAAGGAUUACGUUGAUUAUCUGUAUUAUUAUCACAUGUUUGGAAGCAAUUUCCGGGAGGCACGAAGUCGCUGCUGGACAAGUUUAUGGUGGACUGAAACUGAUCCAGGAGUGGAAGGCACAACAGAAGGAAGCCGAAAAGCAUCCUCAAGGAUUCUCAUCACCGGCUCCAGAUGUUGUGGAUGACUUUCUGGUUCAAACCUUUGGCAGAAUGGAGAUUCAGGCCAUGUCUGUAUUCGACCCACGGCCCGUCGAAAUCCACGAGGCGUUGAAGAGUGAAGGCAGGGAGGUUGUGCAGCGGAUGCCACCCGUAUUCAGUUCUAUUUCGCAGGCUAGGAUCUACCUUGACCUGAUUAACCGACGGCUCAUGCAUUUCAACAUGUCGAUACGCGACAGAAGGGCAGGUCCACCAUCACCUGAAUCUCACCCUGUUAGUAACGGACCAUCUAUGGUGAAGCCCGAGUUAUGGAAAGCAACAGACGGAUCGUCGCCAAAACCCAUACCUUGGAUCGACGACAAGAACCCAGAAUGCUCGCCAGCGUAUAACCCAUCGCUAUUGGACGAGCAAACGUCACUUAACAACGAGCUGGCAGCCUGGACAGCGACUUUCAAACCACUCCUAACCUUUUCUCUUGCCAUGGGUAGACAAGAAGCUAUCUCUGCCUUGACACUAACAAUCUCAACCAUCGCAUCCCAAAUUUCCCUCCGCGCAGCCUUCUUCACCAAUGAACUCUCAUUUGACGUCUUCCUCCCAGAAUUCCAGCACAUCGUCUCCCAAGCCAAGGUUCUCCUCGAAACGCAACGUGCUACCGACCUAGCCACGUAUUCCCGACCAACAUCACCAACUCACCCCGGCACCAACCCAAAUGCCCCCAAAGGCGGCCCAAUGAUGCGCUUCGCCUUCGACAUCGGCGUCAUUCCACCCCUCUACCUCGUUAUGAUCAAAUGUCGCGACAGGCGCCUCCGCCGCCAAGCCCUCCAUCUUCUUAAAGAGUAUCCGAGACGAGAAGGCGUCUGGGAUACCGUUGCUGUCGUGCAUCUUGGAAGAUGGGUCAUCGGCCUUGAAGAGGAGAGUGCCAGACAGAUGAGUAUGUCACUGAGUCCGAGGACGGCGAGUGCUGAGAGUCCGGCUUGUAGUUCGGGGUCGGGGACUGAGACCCUGAGAGGAAAUAGUGCUGGACUUAGAGCCGGUGAAGCACAGGGGAGUGUAGGGUCGGAUAAUAGGUCUGAAUCUGGGUCCGCAUCAGCGUCCCAUUAUCGGAAUGGAUGGCUUAGUACGAAUGGUAAUGGAAAUGUGAACGGACACGGGACCAGUAAUGGGAUUAUAGAAAAGAAGAGAGAGGAAGGAGGCCUUGAUAUCGAGUUUCCGGAGGAGAUUCGAGUCCGCAAGACGUGGAUGCGUUUUGAUCUCUCGCUGAGGACAGCUUGGAUGAAUUGUUUACAGAUGGACCAUGUUACGAAGGAAUUUGUGCCUAGGACUGAGAUUGUGAAGUGGUAACGGUAUCAGUUUCAGUGUCUCCGUAAGAGCUACUGGCGGCGGGAAUGGAGGUGGGUGUUACAGAUGGAUUGAAUGGAACUCGAAACGCAGUUCGGAUGAGUUGAUGACACUGGGGGUCCAGAAUCAGCUGGGAAGAGUACCGUCCAUGGAAGGGCGAAUAACGUCUAUGCCGUAAGCGAGCAUCAGAGAAGGAGCCCAGAUUUAGAUUUGGCUGUUGAUCUAAGCGGAGUAGGAUGGAAAACCUGGUUUAGGUUCAAGAUUUUGGUGCAUAUUCUUCAUUCUUGCAGUAGAGCUUUGAUCUAUCUAUAUGUUUGCAUGGGAGCAUACAUGGAGCCUUGCAUUGUCUAUUUGUAUAUCCACAUCUCUAAAUUCCAAGUGGCUGAAAGUCACCUAACUUCAUGUCAUGUCAUGCCAUGCUGUUCAGCGAUAGUGUUCAUUAUUGUCCUUUAUUAUCAGAAGGACAUUCAACUAACC